AUGUUGCGAAGACUGAGGAAAAAGGAUACUGGCCAGCCUGAGUCCCCUUCAUCUGGCAGCAGUCGUAUCUCAUUACCCAGCUUCAUGAAAUCUAGCCGUUCCCAGCCUGAAGACAUCAGUGAAGCAGAGGGGUUCCUGUGCCCAAUGUGCAUGAAGAACAUGCCAUCUGCAGAGGCUCUCCAGGCUCACUUUGAAAUGGAUCAUUCGCCUGGCAGUGAACCCAGUGAAGCAGAUGACCAAGGAGAAGGUUUUUUAUGCCCAAUGUGCAAAAUAUCUUUGGGAUCCCCAGAAGAUCUUCAGACUCAUUAUGCCAAUUGCUCUAUGCAGACUUCAUUUGAAAGUACCAACAGCAAUGCCCUUGGAAGCAGUGUGAGUGAGUCAAAUGCAGAGCUAGAACUGCUGCAGCAGCAGUUAAGGGGAUCGGAAGAGAGUCGGACUUUGUUGACUUCGGAAGUGUACCAUUUGCAAAACCAAGUGUCAGUACUUGGGGAAGAAAACAAAAAACUGAAGAAAGACAAAGAGAACAUCGAACAGAAAACAGCCAAACUGGCUGGAGAGAUGGCAAAGGUAAAAGCAAAGGCUGAUGAAAGUGAAGGUGAAAAAGCAGCGCUGCAGGACCAUAUCAAGACCCUGAAGCAACAACUGGAUGAUAAAGACCUGUUAAUUCGUAAUAUGGAGACACAGUUGUCCCAAAGACCUGGGAUGGAUGAUGUCCUGGUGCUCAAGCAGGAGCUGGUACAAGUGCAGACCCUGAUGGACAAAAUGACCCAAGAGAGAGAGCGGGAAAAGGAUGUGUUGGAAGUAGAGAACAAGCAGCUGCUAAAGACACUAGCAGAAAUGCAAGUGAGGGUUAGAGAACUUGAAGCUCAGGUGGCCCAGUCACCCAAAAUUGAAGAGGUCCAAAGAUUGCAGGCUGCUCUGAGUGAAACAGCAUCAGGUUCUAGUAGUCUGGAAGCAAGUUUGCAGCAGAAGGAAGAAGAGAUACAGAAUAUAACAGAAGAAAGAGACAUGUUGAAGAAGCAGCUGGAGAACCUGCAAGCGUCUGCAGGAGACAGUCAGUCCGCAUUUACCCGCUUGCAGCAGGAGUAUGUGGCACUUGAUGAGGAGCGACGAAACCUCCAGAACACUCUUCACUCUGAGCAAGACAGACGACAACAACUUGCUGAUGAUCUAGCUAAGGCAAGCCAUUUGCUAAUUAGUGAAAGAAGAAGUGAAGACAGAUUGGUGAAGCUUUUCUAA